AUGGAUAUUUUAACAAUAAUAUUCCUCAUACUCUUUGCUCAUAGUAGUAUCAUAUUCGGUCCUACUACCGUAGAAUCAUGCAACGCCAUUGAUAAAGAGGCGUUACUUCAAUUCAAGCGCGGGAUCGAGUAUGAUGGUGGCGGCCAUCUCUCCACAUGGAUCCCGAACACCGACUGUUGUACUAAAUGGAAUAAGGUCGAAUGUGACCCUGCCACCGGAAGAGUAAUUUCGAUAUCUCCAUUUCAAAUUACGGAUCCGUUAGAGUCUGAUAUCUCUUACUUAAUAAACGGUACAAUCUCCCCUUUCCUUGGCAAUCUUACCUAUCUUCAAUAUCUUAACCUUUACCAUUUUAACCAACAUUAUCUUGACCGUCCGAGCGGGUUAAGAGGUCUCAUCCCACCUGAACUAGGCCGGUUAUCACAUUUAACUUACCUUGGUUUAUCUUUUAACACUUUUACCGGUCCAAUACCCACUUCAUUUGUUAACCUUCGACGCCUAAAAGGUAUCGAUCUUAGCUAUAAUUCUUUCUCCGGGGAUGAGAUUUUAAAAAGUAUUGUCAAACUAAAGCAGCUCACUGGUAUAGAUUUGUCACAUAACCAGAUUGGAGGGGUGAUACCGGAUUCGUUAAGUGAACUUUCCCAAUUACAAAUCUUACAUCUUGAGAAUAAUAAAUUCACUGGACGCAUACCGGAUUCUCUAGGUAAACUGUCCAGUUUGACAUACAUAAACCUUAGCAAUAAUAAAUUCACGGGAACUAUUCCGGCCAAAGUGUUGAAUUUGAAAUUGCUACAGAAUUUUGAUGUCUCUAAUAAUCAACUUAGUGGAAGAAUUCCACAACAUAAUUCAACUAUUAUUCCUGAUUCCGCAUUUUCAGGAAAUCCUGGUUUAUGUGAUGCCCCGCUCCCUCCUUGUAAGCGUUAG